CAAAAGAAAACCGGUCGCAGAGCGAAAAGCAGACGGCGUAUCUCCAUCUCCCCGAAGCAAAGACCAAACUCUCGGAGGAGCACAGAAGAGAAAGAAGAAGGAAAAAAGGAUCCGAAAGAAAGGAAGAAAAAUAUCCCAAAAGCCUCCCACGAACUCCUCGCGCCGCGACCGCGACAACCACGACGGCGACGGCGAGCAGCGGCACGGGGCCGCUCCACCGGCUCCGGCUCCGCCUCGCGGCGUGCCUCCGCACCGCGCCGCCGCUGCCGCCCAGGCCGCCCCCGCCGCCCUGCGACGGCGCUGCGGCGGGCCCCCUCCUCCGCGGCCACCGCCGCAGGCGCCUCUGGAAGCUGCCUCCGCAGCCGCCGCCGUCGUCCCGGCCCAGUCCCGGUACCACCAACCACACCCCGAUGACGGAGAGCGCGCCGCCCCGGCCGACGUCGCCGCGGCCCCCGCUAGUCCUGCAGCCGCCCCAGCCCCCCGCGGCCGUGGCGUCCAGGAGGUACGGCGUGCAUUUCUCCGCCUCCAGCUUCAUCCAGGCGCCGCUGUCCGCGCUGCUUGAGUACUCCGGCAUCCUCCGCGUCGAGCCCCACCAUGCGGGGGGUGAGGGGGGCGAGGUGUCGAUCCGGAUUGUGGGGGGCGGCGAGGCGGGGGAGUCGUCCGAGAGAGGGGAGGAUGGCGUCGUCGAGGAGCAGGAAGGGGACGCCGGGCCGACCGCGAGGGCGGCGCACCCCUCCGUGCCUGCGCCGGCCGGCGGGGAGGCCGGGAGGGAGUCCUCGUCUUCCUACCAGCGGUACGACAUACAGCAGGUCGCGAGGUGUGUGGAGCAGAUACUGCCCUUCUCCCUGCUGCUGCUCGUCGUCUUCAUCAGACAGCACUUGCAAGGCUUCUUUGUGACGAUCUGGAUUGCUGCGGUGAUGUUCAAGUCCAAUGAUAUCCUGCGCAAGCAGACUGCCUUGAAGGGGGAGAGAAAAAUGCUAGUUCUUGUUGGGAUUACAUUAUUAUUUGUCGUUCAUGUAUUUGGAGUUUAUUGGUUUUACAAGAAUGGUGAUCUUAUAAGACCUCUGGUGAUGCUUCCUCCAAAAGAAAUACCACCAUUUUGGCAUGCAAUAUUCAUCAUCUUGGUGAAUGAUACAUUGGUGCGCCAAACUGCUAUGAUCGUCAAGUGCAUACUGCUAAUGUACUACAAGAACACCAGAGGCCGUAGUUACCGUAGGCAGGGUCAAAUGCUAACAAUCGUGGAAUAUUUUCUACUUCUAUACCGUGCAUUAUUGCCUGCUCCUGUAUGGUACCGUUUUUUCCUGAACAAGGAGUAUGGGAGCCUGUUUUCUUCUCUAACCACUGGACUGUAUCUUACUUUCAAGUUGACAUCUGUUGUGGAAAAGGUUCAAUCAUUUUUGACAGCACUGAGAGCAUUGUCUCAUAAAGACUUUCAUUAUGGUUCUUACGCAACAACUGAGCAGAUUGCUGCUGCUGGAGAUAUGUGCGCUAUAUGCCAAGAGAAGAUGCAUGCCCCCAUUCUUUUGCGCUGCAAACAUGUUUUCUGCGAAGAUUGUGUCUCUGAAUGGUUUGAGAGGGAGCGGACGUGCCCACUCUGCCGGGCAUUGGUGAAACCAGCAGACCUCCGUUCAUUUGGUGACGGUUCAACAAGCCUCUUCUUCCAGCUUUUCUAGAUGACCGAAGAGCAAGCGCGGGAGCUGAAUUGCUUUGCGCUGUGCGGAUAAUAGGUGUGCGUGCGUGUGUUUGUUCGCGUUUUGCGAGCAGAGCAGCCCGGUGAGGUGCUGAAUGGGAUCUCCACGUCCUUCCCAGCCGAAGGAGUACAUACAUGAGUAUGGUUUGUUUCUGGAGUGUGCAUAUUAUUCCCUGUAUAGGCUAUAAGAGAGCUAUAAGAGAUUUUACCUGACCCUAUAUAUGAUCUACAUAAAUAGAAAUGAGUAUAAUGAGUAUAUACCGGAAAACCGUUGGCCUGUGAAA